AGAAAAAUAAAGUAUGAAAAAGAGGAAGCGAUUACGAUCCCACGUGCUCAUAAAAUGAAUUUACGUUCCUUGUACCUGCCAAUUGUGAUACCAGAUGACGUUACUAAAAAAAUAACGAGAGUGCAUUCGAAUCCCGCCGGUUGGUUAGUUGGACAAUUCUUAGUUUAUCUUACUAGGCAGAAAAACACAUUAAAGCGAUUUAUUGAUGACAAAAGAAAGAGAAUUCGAUUUUCUCACCCUAUAGUUGGUGUCCACGUUCGAAGAACGGAUAAACGUAAGGAAGCCAAAUAUCACUUUUUGCAUGAAUAUAUGAGCCACGUAGGAACCUGGUACGACUCCUACGAGAAAAGACACGGUAAGGUUAAGCGAAGAGUUUAUCUAGCUACCGACGAACCCAUGGUUAUAAGAAAAGCAAAAGAAAGUUAUCCUAACUACACGUUUAAAUACAAUUUCGAUUCAGCUGUAUUUGCGCACACGUUAAAAACGAGAUACUCCGAGAGAUCACUUCAUCGAUUAAUUCUUGAUAUUCAAUUGUUAGCAGAAUGUGAUUUUGUCGUCUGCACGAUGACUUCUAAUAUUUGUAGACUUGUGUUCGAAUUAAUGCACGUUCGUUACUGGGAUGCUCCUGAUCGUAUUAUAUCUCUUGAAAGAGAUUUCAGAUUUCCGUUCUACAAACAAUGGCGAAUGUUGUUUAACAAAACAAGGUAGAACAUAAACAAUCAGAAGAAUGAAAAUAUGUGAAGAAUAUUAUUUAAUCUGCGAUAAAUAUAGGAAGUGAUGAAUGUGAAACAGAAAACUGAAUUCACAAAAACGUGAGGAUAAAAAACAAAAGUUUCUGUACAUUUCCUUCCGUUGUUUGACUAGUACGUAAAACAUACAUUUUGUUUAUAUUUAAGAUAUUCUCUGAUAUAUCAUACAGCUGGGUAUUUUUGAAAUAAUGAGAUUUGGUUUAUUAGAAUUGUUAAACCAUUUUGUAUUACUUCAAACUUACGAUUCUAGAAGAUAUGUGUUGAAUAUUUUCAUCAAACGAUUAAUUGUUCGAGUUACAUUAGUUCAUAGAACCAUUUAUGAGUGAAUGACAUUUUAUGAAAAUUUCAAUUGGAAUACUCUUAGUAAAUGUAUAUUAUGUUGUAAAUAUCUAAAAUA